AUGCCUGUUCCUCUGAAGAUGCUGGAGAAGGAGGUCGAACACCCCGAUCGCAUCGAGGGAUGGCUUGACAAGCUAGAUAUCAAGAACGCCGAGCUCGAUGAAAGCGAUUGCGCCACUGAUACCGAUGGAGAGGCAGAAUAUGGACCAACUACACCACCUCGGCGAUCGGACUACCGCUCUGUACCGCAAGAUGAGAUCUCGCCAACCGAUACGUCCUUCUCCGGGCAGAGCAUCUUCGACAAACCACUCCGCAGGAAUCUGUUCGGCAGCCCGACCCCAAAGUUCGAGAUACGAGACGAUGAUUCCGACACGACCAGUAUCGAUAGCCGUGAUUGGGCACCGCAACAAGACAAAGAGCCUCCGCUUGAGCGACUUGAACCACCAGCCUUUGCUCUUCGACCUAGCAAGCCAUCAGCCAGGCUAGACCUCCAUGAAGCAGCCUCAAAAACGGAUACAGACGACCUCACAGCUGUACCUCAUCUUGACCCUCAACAUACUCUUUCUCCGCACGAUCCGAACGAGCCACGACCAGUCUGGAUAACCUCUUGCCUGCAAUGCACACUCGCCGGCCUCCCCUGCUCACGAACCUACCCCUCAUGCUCACGUUGUAAGCGACACAACCGUGCUGAAGAAUGCCUCCUCCAGCGCCGACGUUUCACAUCCGAAGUCAUGGAUUCCUCGCUCAUGGACAAGAGCAUAGCGCCUGCUCUACUCAAAGUGAAAGGCGAAGACGAAGGCAUCUGGAAGCGUAAGGUCGAGCUGGCGGAGACGUUAUGCGAGAAGUGGGUUGCGGAGCAGGACAAGAGUAAUUGGGUGUUGCCGGAUGUUGGUAGUGCGAGAGGGGGAUGGGGUAAACGCAGGGGGAGGGGUGGGAAGGAGAAGGUGGGACAUCCGGGGGAGGGGAUUGGACGGCUGGCUUUUCGGGAGUUGUUUGUUGAUGUGGAUACUUGA